UGUGUAGGAGCUCAGGCUACAAGCGGAACCGCUGUGACAGCGCAUGUAACGCAUCCUCCCACUUGUAGGCGUAUUUCCCAGGCUUGGGCGCACACAAUGCAGGUAAUUAAAACACAGCAACAAGUAAAAGCUGACGGACGCUGCUGAGAAGCUGAGGUGUCCCGUUAUCUGCCCUGACAAGAGCUUUAUUAGCGGGAGCGAGAGAAACCCCUUAUCUGUGGCGCGAUGGGCGCUUUGCCAGUGCUUUUCUGCAUUUAUUUCAGUAGCCCCGCGGUAUUCGGCGAUAUUACCCCAAACGCAGUUUCCAUUGCCACGAAUGGGACGUUCUUUUCAACGGAGACAAAUAUUAUUUUCAAAGCGGUGACUUCAGAGAGUGGUCCUGUGCGAUUUGUUUGGAAUUUUGGAGACCAAUCACUUCCUGAAUCAACUUAUAACAGCAUUAUAUCAAAAAGAUUCUCUGCCCCAAACAGUUAUAAUGUCGUCGUUAACGCUUCCAGUCAAAUUGGAUCCUUUGUUUCUGAAGCCUACACGGUUGUUAUACAGAAAAAAGUGAUUCCAAAUCGACUUAUUGCUAGACCUUCUGUACUGAUCAACUCCACUGUGACAUUUGAAUGUAGGAUAAACUCUGGGACAAAUAUAAGUUACUUGUGGAAUUUUGGAGAUGGAACUAUCAGAUUUGGAAAGAUCGCUGACAUGCAUGUAUACAAGAGAGAAGGGGAAUAUACAGUGAAAGUUUCGAUCUACAAUAAUGUUAGUUCUGCCUUCCUUACAAAGCAGAUUUUUGUUGUCAGAGAGCUUUGUCUUCCUCCUCCAGUGAAACACAUGGGUCCACAAAAAAUACAGAUUCGAAGAUAUGAACGACUUUGUCUUGGAGUCACAUUUGAAGCUCCAGUUAUGUGUAACAUAUCACAAGGCCUUCACUAUUUUUGGUCUUUUGUUAAAUCUGAUGGAAAUUCUGUAAUUCUACCAAAUUAUAUAAACAACCGGAAGCAAAAAAUUACAGUUCCAGGUUUCUUACUGGAUUACGAAAACUAUACUGCUAUUGCACAGGUACAAAUUGUUGGGAAUGUGGUAUACAGUAAUUACUCCGUUCUUUUAGAAGUCCUUCCUAGUGACCCAGUCAGUGUGAUUGCAGGUGGAACACAUUUUAUUAUAAACAAACAUACUGUGACACAUUUUAAUUUCGAUGGAAGUGCUUCUUUUGAUCCAGACGAUUCUGAAGCCUCUUUGAGGUUUCAUUGGAAGUGUGUUCCAGUAAGUUUACACUCAGAUUCAUGUUUUAAUGCAACAGCCACUAAUCCUCUUCAGACCGAUGGUUCAAAACUACAUUUUCCAACCGCUCUUCUUAAUGACAAAUUUGAUCAGUUUCUUAUUAGAUUAACAGUGUCCAAUGGUAAUCGCACAUCACCAGAUGUCCAAGCUAUCUUAUCUAUAAGUUCAAAACCUAAUUUCAGGGAUGUUCAGAUAAUUUGUUUUGAAUGUAAAGGUUCCACUGUUAACUGGAAUGAGAAAUUGUCUGUGCAAGUUGCAUGUACGGAGUGCAGAGAGGCAGAUAUAUCAUAUUCAUGGGAACUUUAUUCAAUCAAUACAACAGAAAUUGAGAGUUCAGAUGGGCCAUUCUGCAAUGUACUUGAAAUAAUGGGGUCAUCUAGUUUGUUUGGUACACCUCUACCAUCUGUUGAGAUAUUUACUAAUCCUCCAAUGACACAAAUUGUAUCACGUGAAAUUUUUGAUGAAAACCACAUGGCAAGAGAAGCAUUUCUUAAGCUUGAUCCGUGUCCAAAAAUUGUACCAUCUGCACCCCUUCAUGGUUUGUUAGAGGAAAUUUCAUCUGGAGGUAGACCAUUUAGAAGCAAAAGAUCAGAAUAUACCAGAAGUUCGAAGAACAUAAGCCAAGAACAGUCCGGUAUUGGUAAUACAUUUACAAGAGAACAAAUAAACUUUAACGGAACAUAUAGUGGUUUUUUGUUUGAUGGAGGCGAGGGAGGGUCUGAUUUAUACAACCUAACAGAAAUUCCAACACAUUCAGAUCUUGAGGUGCACUGUAUUGGAAUCCAGGAAGGUAAAAAAGGUUCAGGUGGCAGACCUGAAGAUCCAGAAGGUGAAAGAUAUGGCAAUACAAGAAUACCUGAAAAUGAAGAUCAAUUAGGAGAUGAUAUUUUGAAUCCUUCUAAAGCAGCUGCUAAGUCUCCUGUCACAUCCAUGUUAGACUGGAAAACACAGCAAGUUAGCAAAAGCACAUUUAGAAGUUUCGUAACUACAGAUCUUUCAUCCCAGGUCCUUACAUUCAAGCCUUAUUUUCUGAAACCUGGCAAAAUGUACAUGCUUGAUGUCUCCGUUGCCUCUGGGGGAAAUGAAGUUGGCAAAUCACAGCUCUACUUUACAGUUAAUGAAAUGGCACCAAGAAUGACCUGCCAAGUGCAGCCGAAUGAAGGAACAGAAUUAUACACUGUUUUCAGCAUAUUCUGUACAUCAGGAAAAGAGGAUCUUUAUUAUGAAUUUAGUUACCAAGCUGGGGGGAGAUCAGCUAGGAAGAAAAUGUAUGAAGGAAGAGACAUCCAGUAUUAUUUUAAUUUGCCUGCAGGUGAUCAAGCAGAUGGAUAUCAAGUUACUCUGUUCACACAAAUAACAAACAUGUAUGGAUCACAAACAAAGCCAUGUCCCGUAAAUGUUACUGUAUGGCCUGUCUUUGGGAAGAAUACAUCUACAGACUUCAUUGUAGAAGAAUUGUAUCAUCACGGCUUGAAAAACCUUUCUGUACUUUUACUUAUGGGAAAUCACAUAGAGAUAAGGAACUAUGUUACUUUAUUAACAAUUGUACUCAAUAAAUUAUAUACUGAAGAAAGUAAGACUCCAUUUGAACUGCAAUCAAAAAUAAGAAAUGCAAUGAUUUCAACUCUAUGUAGUAUGUCCUUUCAGGAUGAGGAUGAAUUUCAUGAGAUAGUGUCAAUGUUACUAGACCUUUUAAAUUAUACAAAGCAGGUAACAGCCAAGAGUGCAAUGCUCAUUGUAAAUAAUACAAAAACAAUUCUUAAAAGGUCCAUUAAUUCUGAAGACCCUAGCAGAAUAUAUCUGCAAAGAAACUUGGUUGAGAAAAUUGUCUCAUUGAUCUCAUACUCCAUGGAAAUAUAUAUAGAUUAUUUUGAAAGGAACUUUAUUGUGCUUGAUGGCAUGACAAUCAUAAGUGAUCUGAUGCUGGAACACAUUAUUUUUAAUAAGAAACAACAUCUUAGCCUAAGCACAAAUCUGAUUGAUUUCCAGACCAAUAGCCAUAUGAUGUUUCAAAACAGCAUUCAGACAAUUGGUUCAACAAAAGUCUAUCUACCACAGCUGCAGAGCAGUUACUUGGAAACAAAACUACUAAGUAACAGAUGUUACAUUAGUCAGCUGGUUUAUUUCAAAAAGAAUCCAUACCUUUGGGCACAAAUUUCAUCUCAGCUUCAUGGGGAGUUUGCUGGUGUUAGUCUUUUUAACUGCACUAACAAAAAGAAGAUAAAUGCAAGAGAUGUUGCAACAUCAGUAAUGAUGGAGUUUGACAUGAAAAGAAACCAUGAUUCAGAGUUCAACAAAAACACAAUUUCACUGUAUUGGGACAAAGUCAACUUUCACAAAUUUAAUACUGUUUCAAAGAACAGAGAUGAGGCAUUGCUGAUAACAGUUACUUUUUCCCGACCGAAAUCUAGAGCAUUUCCCGUGUUGCUACUAGUAAGGUACUCUGAUAAGCCCACCACUUCUCAUUUUAACAUAAAAGAAAUUUAUACUUGGGAGGAAAAUUCUAUUCAAAUAUUUAUUCCUGCUCAAUCCAUUAAAGAUGGUGAUAACUCCUAUUUGACAAUAAUGGAUGCAGACUAUAAUAGACAGCCACGAAAUAAGUAUCUUUCAAAGGUGAUCAAUUAUACUAUUGAUACCCAAUGGACAAAGUGUUUGUACUGGGAUAUCUACAAACAGUGGAAUUCAGAAAGUUGUUUUCCUCAGAAGGGAACACUGUCUACAAAAAUCAUAUGCAGCUGCAAACAUCUUGGCAUAUAUACCUACCUGAGAAGACAUGUGAACACUAGCAUCAGCACUGAAGAGGUUUCACAGUAUCUCAUCACCACCAAAAAUGUCAUCCCUUGCACUUUUGUUUUGCUUACCGUAUUUGUAUAUACACUUCUGGCAAUUUACUACAAAUUUAAGGACCGUCAUGAAGAGCAGAAGAAUGGUGUUGUUUUCCUUCAGGAUAACUCUCCAAAUGACCAUCAGCAUUUUGUCAUUGUAGUUGAUGUGGGUUUUCGAUCCAGGCCAAAAUCAACAGCUAAGGUUUAUGUAGUUCUACAUGGUGAAGAUGGUGUGUCUGAAACAAGAGAACUGUACUUUCCUGACAAACCAUUAUUUGAAAGGAAUUCUCGACACACAUUCAUUAUGAGUGUUUCAGAAAACCUUGGUCCCAUAUGGAAGAUUCAUAUUUGGCAUAACAACAGUGGCUUCUCGCCGAGUUUGUAUCUGAGUCACAUAAUUGUCAAAGAUCUGCAGAGUGGGCACAGUUAUAUUUUCCUUGCAGAAUGCUGGCUUGCUAUGGAUGAAGGUGAUGGCAAAGUGGAAAGGGAGCUGACAUCUGCAAUACAUGGACUUGAGUUUAGAAAGUUGUUUUACUGCAAGCUGACGGAACUUCUAGAGGAUUUACAUCUAUGGGGAUCUUUAUUUAGCCGUCCUUCUUACAGUUGCUUCACAUAUACUCAAAGAAUAACCAUUUGCCUUGCCUUAUUUCUGGGCUACAUGUUUUUGAACAGUAUUCUCAUUCACUGGGAAGAAGAACAACAUUCAUUUGAACAUGGUCUUCUAGAUGUUUCUCCAGUUUCAAUGAUAUCAGGAUUUCAAUCAACAUUAGCCCUUUAUCCAAUUGCAGCAUUAAUCUCACUUCUCUUUCGGUUUAGUGAGAAGAACAUAAAUGAUUCUGGGGAGGAGAAGUUAAAAGUUCCAGUUCAGACAAAUUUUUCUGGCGAUCAUCGAAAUUCCUUAUCGCCAUCAGACACAAUGUUUGAAUCCAACUUGACUUGGCAGCACUUCCAGUACUGGGCAUAUGAUGCCUGGAAAAAAAAAUAUGAGAGGGAUUAUUUUACACCAAGUAUUCAAUCUGUAAACUGCAGUAAAAGGAGUAAAAAAGGAAGCCCUUCUCCUACUAUCCAAAGCUCAAGUGGAUUUAAAGACUGCAGUCAACAUCUGGCUCAGAAGAAUUGCAGUCAUAGUUCAUGUGACACAUGUUCAGAAUUCCCAACAGGCCACAGGAGCUUAUUUGGAAAUCAGUAUAAAGUAUUGCCUCCAUGGUGUAUUUAUCUGGCCUGGUGUAUUUGUGCUGUGAUUAGUAUUGUGUGCGCAACUGUGACAACAUUGAUUGGUUUCAGUUUUGGGCCUACAAAAUGUAUACUCUGGAUGCACUCUGUGUUUUUCUCGGUCAUCUUUUGCACUUUUGUUGUUCAACCUUCUACGAUAUUCAUUAUAGCAUUCUUUAUGACUUGGCGUAAAAAAGAAAUCAUUGACUUGUUUGCUGAAACGGUAUGUGAAGCCACUAAAUAUUUUCAGAGUCAGUCAAGUACUUUUGGACAAAUUUCUACUUUGCAUCCUUGUCAGAAUGAUCUUGAUGCUUCAACUGACUUUGAAAAGAUACUUGCUGCUCGAAAGAGGGCACGAUAUUUGAGGCUGGCCCGUCCACCUUCCCCUUCUCAACUAAAGAUAGUAAAGGAUAAAAUCAGAAAGAAGACAACUACUGAGAAAACAUUCAGGGAAUUUUUCAUACAUGGAAUCAUGGUCUUGAUACUUCUUUUUAUUACACUGGAAAAAUGCUCAAAUGGUGAUUAUUUGCUGAACCAAGCAGUAAAAAGUGAAUUUACAAGACAUGGUAAACCGUCAUUUAGGAGUAUUAGAACAGAAGAUGAUUGGUGGAAUUGGAGCUUUAAUGUUUUACUUGAUGGUCUAUACUGGGACAAAUGGUACAAUAUUACUUCUGCAAAGUCUGAAACUGGUCCUAUUGGGGGCAAAUUUUUUCUGAUGGGAACUCCUAUCAUUCAGGCGUUUAGUCUUGAAAAUAGUUCUGCAUGUUCAACCCAUUCCUUUGUUUCAUCUAUAAUUUCCUCAUACAGUCAAGUUAUUCAUAAGUCUAAACAAUCAGGCUUUGAGAACAACCUGGACUUCAAAGAUGAUACACAUCAUCGCAAUGGCAAGAUUCAUUGUUACAAAGGCAGAAAAUCUGUUAUAAAUCUUGGCAGAUCAAGGACUGAAGCCUAUUCAGCUUUGCUACGUAUACGGAAUCAGCAGUGGAUAAACCAGAGCACAAGAGCACUUAAUGUACUUUUUACUCUUUAUAAUCCCCCAGCGAAUGUUUUUACUGGGGUGUCCUUUCAUAUGGAGUUUUCUGCCUCUGGUGGUGUUAUUACAUCAUCAUUCAUUGAGUCUUUCAAAAUAUAUCACAUUGCAACUCUUUUGGAUUAUAUUACCAUGGCAUUCAAGUUGUUGUUUUUGGCACUCAUCCUUAUUCAUUCCUGUUUCCAACUCGGUAUAAUGAUUCAAAAUGGCAUUAGGAACUACUGGCAGGAACCAUGGAACUGGAUCGAGGUUGGCAUAAUUGGAGGCAGUCUCUGUUAUUAUGCCUGCAUUACCUACACAUUUAUCCUUACAAUGGAUAUGAUUGACCAUCUUCAGAAAGUAUUCUUUAGCAUUUUCAUAGAUUUCAGCAUCCUUGCAGCAUGGGACAAGUGGAAUCGCUCUUUGCACGGGAUAGUUUUUUUCUUAAUGAUAAUAAAGUUCAUCAAAUUAUUUCGCAUUUACAAAGUGAUGGCUCCCUGCAUGACAGUCCUUCACCUUUCUUCAUCCAGUAUGGCUUUUGCAAUGAUUUCAGGAAUCAUUUUUUCACUUGCCUUUUCAUCACUUGGCCAUGUUAUUUUCCUCUCUAAUUUCUUCCAUUUUAGCAACAUGAUCAAGUCAUUGCAUAUGCUUUUCAUGCACCUUUUGGGAGUUGGUGACAGGAGACUUUUUGCUUUUUUACACCUCCGAACUAAAUCUUUUCCGUUGGCUGCAACAUGUAUCUACAUAGUGCUAGUUCUUUUUAUAGCAAUUUUAUGGACUGGCAUGCUAAGAGGAAUACUCACAUCAAUAAUCAAAAGCAGCAGUAAAAUACAUAGAAGUAAGCAACUGAUCACACUAACAGAUGUCGCUUCUCAUGCGAAGGAGAAAGUAUAUUCAGUGUUUCGACGCCAAAGAUUGAAAACAACAGAUACACCGUUCCCUCGCAAUAAUUUUUACUUGGAAGAGUUUGAGGACCUUAUAGAUGAACUGCUAUUUCGUCUUAAUGCAAUAUCAAACAGCCUUCACCAUUCCCUGCCUGCAAAGUUACACUGUUACACAGAAGAAGCUGAAGAAGUUAGUCAGCUGGAAAGCCAUUCUGUUUGCUGCUUUAAACCACCACAGGAGAGUGACUUGAAAAAUGAAGUCAAAAUUCAGAGACAAAACACAGAAAAACGUCAUUACUGUACAGACUGUGCCACUGUGAAUACUGACCUAUACAGCGAUAAAGAUGGAACUUCAUCUUCUUGUAAGAACAUAAAAAGUAACACACAAUGUCAUGGUGAUCAGACAAGCUUGCAUAAGGCUAGACUUAAAAAGCAGCCUGUAACAGAUACUGAAAGCUGCAGAUCACAAGUAUCCGAGGAACUCAAGAACUCUUCAUCAAAAAUGCAAAUUACAGAAUCUAAUUUAAAAGAUUUAUCAACUCCAUUUUGCAGUGACCAGUUUAUAGAAAGUCUAGUUAUGGAUCCGGAGAAAACAGAUGGCCAAACUCGUUGCAUUUCUGCUAUUGAUUUCUGUAAAAAUCGUAAACCACUCAAACGUUCUCAUACCACUGUGAUUGAACUUUUGGACAAUGGUUGCAAAUCGGUAUGGAAUGAAGUGCAUGAAGGUAAUCUAGAGGCUUUUAGGAGCACAAUAGAUGUAAGAGAUUUAAAUAAGGUGCAUUGCUUUGCUAUGGAAAACACAAAUGUCCUUCAUCCCCAAGUUAAAGAUUAUGAUGUAAAGAAAGAAAGCCUUCAGAAACAAAAAAGUGCUGAAACCUAUGUAUACUGCAAAAGCAAACUUCCUGAAGGAGCACAAAAUGAAAGACAGCAAGUUGAACUCCACAAGGCUGAAGCAAACAUAUUUCAUCAGGAAAAGUGUGACUUGAAGGAUAAUCAAAAUUGUAUUAAGCAGUGUUGGUAUUGAGAGAACCAAGUAACAAAAAAAUCUCUGAUUUUAGACUUUUAUUUAAAUUGUAUUUUCUGGGUUUAGAUUUUCGAAUUUCCUUCGUCUCCAGAUAUGUUCCUUAUGAUUCUAGUCAAUAGAGACCACAGAAUGUACUAUGACCUCACUUGCAUGAAUAUUCAGUUCAGGAACAAUUUAGUAGAGAUGUAAUAUAAAUCUUUAUUAGCAAAGCCAUUUUAGGUGGUUAGUUGUUUUCAUUUAAUGACGCAAGAAUGUAAGAUUUGUUUUAGUUAUUUAGUUGCUUUGAGGUUUGAUAAAUGCUAAAAUGUAUGUACAGAAAGCAUAAGUUUAUAAAGGCCCAUUAUGCAUCUUUUCCAGGCAAACAUACAUAAAAUAAAUUCUAGAACAUGGGCUUCUGAGACUUAAGGCAGUAUUUUCAGACUUAAGUUUGACCAACAAUGUAUUAUGGCAUCCCAUAUCUUUUACACACAUUUAAAGGAACACUAACACCAAAAAAUGAAAGUGUUUUAAAUGAAUGCAAAUAUCAUGUACUGUUGUCUUGCACUGUAAAAAACUGAUCUGUUUUCUUCAGAAACACUACUAUAGUUCACAUGAACAAACUGCUGGGUAGCAAUGACAGAAAUUGAAAAAAGGCUAUAUGGCACAGGAUAAAUAGUGGAAAACAGAAAGCAGAUAAGCUCUGUAAAACAUAAUGUUAUCUGCUGUGUAACUUGAGCCUUUUCUCCUUUGAAUUGCUGCCCCCUUGGCUACACAGCAGCACUAUUUAUAUAGUGUUUCUGAAGCAAACCCAGCAAUUUUACUAGUGCAGGGCAACGCUGC